AUGAACGCACUCGUCCAUGAAUUUCCCCUGAGCGAUCCUGACACUGACUCUGUAAGUGAUCAACUGGUGAGUAUAAUUCCCCAUCCAAAAUUCGUUGUGAAGACCAGGUUGCUUAAGCCAUACAGAGAAUUACCUGCUCGGACCAAGCUUUUUGUCAAUGUAUGUUCCAAUUAUAAUGUUCCAUUACCUGGAAGCCCAUCUGACCCUGUAGAUUGGAAAUCUCUUUUUCUUUCCAUCGCUAAUGAUGAAUGGCAACUACCUAUUUUGCUUUCUCCUGACCUGAGAGAUGGUAAAGAUAAAUCCGGGAAUGCAUCUCUCAUAAUCGACUGUAUUAUAAAUGAGAAAGCAUUUCAAAUGAUACUUUCCAAUAUCUCGUUUAAAGACAUCGUUAUAGAAUGGUGCUUUGAUGCGAUCGAAUCGCGAUUCAAUGAUGAUAUAACGAUCGACAGACAAGUCAAAGCUUUGCCAAAACGAUCAUGUAUGGGAGAGCCAUCAACAUUCCAAACAAAGAUCUCAACAUUGAGGGGGAUCAUAAAAGCAACUGACACUACUUGUCAAUACGAUCAACACACAUUUGCAAAUGACUAUCAACCAGAAUCUCGAGAUAAUGACUCCAAUUCAAGACCAUGGCCACCUUGGAAUGCAAGGUCUCAUGACUUUAAAUCCGAAGGAUCAAAAAAAUUGAAAGUUCUACCUAACAAUCUGAAAGUACAUGCUUACUCUCAAAUUAGUGCUCUUAGAAAUGUUCCUCAGCUUAGGAUGCUAACCCCUGAAGAAACUCAAGAUUCAUUCAUCGCUCAUGUCAAGUACCAAGUCCCAAGUGCUUUUCAUAAUGAGUUCAGCUUGAUGUACAACAAAAAGUCUAAUUGCUUGAUUGUGACAAUCUAUUCCCCGGUCAAAGAUAUUCCAUCCAUUAGAUUUCCUUUGGCAGGUCUUAUACCUAAGGUUAUCGAGGCAAUUUCUGUCAAAGAUGAGAAUGAGGCAAACACUUUACAUAUCUUUCUCAAAUAA